CUGUGCUGCAGUGAGAGACGUAGCGGUGACGUCAGCAAGUGCUGCAGGAAGAUGGGGGACGACGAGAGAUGAGGGAGACCUCAAAAAAAUCACCAGGACCGCAUAGGCCAUGAAACGUUAUGAUGACAGACAGUCGCGGCCAGUGUGUUGGUACACAGCCUGAUCAGAAAGCAUGGGGCUCAAGCUCAGUGGCAAGGGACAACAGAGCCACAGGAUGGUGAUCUUGGCGGCCAUCUUCGUCCUCAUGACACUCCUCAUCCUGUAUGGGUCCAACAAUGUCAUCGAUGAGGUCUAUGCUCCAUUUCGUGUGGCUACAAAUCACGCACUCAAGACCACAGAUCUGAAGAAGUGGGCUGGGAGAGAAGGUUAUGUGCCAGUUAAUGGGAACAAGAAUAUGACCCUACGCUGUCAUAACUGUGCGCUGGUGACGAGCUCCAGCCACGUCCUGGGUACUCGAGCAGGUGAAGAGAUCGACCGUACGGAGUGUGUGAUACGUAUGAACGACGCCCCCACGUUGGGGUACGAGACUGAUGUAGGGAACCAGACCUCUCUGAGGGUCGUGGCUCACUCCAGUGUUUUCAGGGUGGUCCGGAGGCCUAAUGAGUUCUUACACCGGGCAGACAGCAACCCUGUGAUCAUCUUCUGGGGACCCCCAAACAAGAUUGGGAAGGAAGCCAAAGGAACCUUGUACAGAUUGAUCCAGAGAGUCAGCAUGACCUACAGCAACUUGUCGUGUUUCAGUAUCACAGCAAACAAGAUGCGCAGAUUUGACAGUCUGUUUCAUAGGGAGACGGGGCGAGAUAGACAACAAUCUCACUCGUGGUUGAGCACAGGCUGGUUCACCAUGGUCAUAGCCAUUGAGAUAUGUGAUAACAUCAAAGUAUAUGGGAUGGUUCCACCCAACCACUGUGGAAAGAAAUCUGGAUUGAAGAAGAUGCCCUACCACUACUACAAGCCCAGGGGGUCUGAUGAAUGCGUAACAUACAUACAGAACGAGAGCAGCCGAAGAGGGAACCACCAUCGCUUUAUUACAGAGAAACAGGUGUUUGCACGCUGGGCAAAACAGUACAACAUCACCUUCAUUCAUCCCAAAUGGUGACAAGACUUUUGUGAAAACCACAAAGAGAUCUCACAGAGGCCUGAAUGAGUGCUGGAUUUCAGCGUAAUGUCCGAUCGAAUGAGCCUUUAAACAGCCACAUGAUGAAUGACAGCUACUUUCAAGAGUUGCCACGUGGAUGAAAAAAGCUUUUGGAAAACUAUUAUUGGACCAAAUUACUGGAGGAGAUGUCUGGGAAUGUUUUCUGUCGAAGAGGAGUGAAUUUUUAUAUGUUUAUAUAAUUUUUAUUAAUAUGUAUCGAAACUGCACUCGUGUUUCCAAUGUUGAGGGUGGAUUAUAUCAGCAAGCAUUUACAGAUGCGACAAAGUGGCCUACAAAAUACUAUAUUCUAUUAGCUCGCCAUUAUACAGAGAUUAUUCUACAGUAACUGCAGUCAGAUACAUUAGAUCACUAAUAUAAUCUACAGAUUCAAAGUACAUUGGAGCCCCACAUUGCAGUACCUGUUGAUACUUUACAAAAGCAGUUCCUGAACAGAUACCAUACUCAUACUUUUUCCAGUAUAUUAGCUUGAAUCUAUACAUUUCAACAUACAUUUGCAUUUAAAAGCAUUAGUAUUUAACAUCUUAACAUAAAGCAUCUGUACAACUAAAUAAAAGUCUAAAAUAGGCUUUAUUGUAAAUUAAAAUCAGAUAAUAUCUGAUUAUUAACAUUUAUUAAAGUUAACAGUGUAACAGUGUAAGGAUACAAUGACAGCUUACUUGGUGCAAGUAAAACAAGUUUUGAGGCUCAGAUUCCAGCUCUAGUUAACAGCAUGGUGGGAAAGGAACGUAAUUAACAAAAUGGGAACAUCUACAAGCCACUGACAGAUACACGUUCAAACUCACCACCCACUCUCAUUAUUUUGUGUCUGUAAUCUACCAACUACUUUCAUAUUUCAGCAGCAUUUGGAUGGUGCUAAUUUUCCACCCUGGAACAGAUGUCAAUGUCACACAAUGUUAAUAAAGAUAAUAAAGAUCACGAUUAGGAUGACACACAUAGGUAGCUAAAGUUUAAAGGAUUUUAUCUGUGUUGAUUCAACAGAGACAAACAAGUACACAACUGUUUGUGUGUCAAUAAUAAUCAUUUAGAUUGCAGAAAUUGUGGCACCAGGUUUAUUCCAGAGACACAGAUUGUCACUUUACACAGUCACUCACUUUUCCAGUCUGUCGUGAUCUCAAACAAGUUGAUAUACCCUCAAUUUGAUGGUAGCAGUACUUCAUUGUAACAUUUUUGCUGCACUAGAUGUGGAUUUUAAUGUUUUCAUGCAAAUUGGACAACGUACAUGAAAUUGUUGCCUCAUGAACCUCAUGGGAACCUUUUUACCUUAGUGGUAUUUCAGUGCAUGCAGCUUAAGUUCAGAUGGUCCACACAAUGCAUCAUGGUCGUGUUAUAUAUCAGUAUGUUGCUCUAAGGACUGCACGAUUAAAUUAAAAGUUAAACUGCAAGUUUUAUGUUAGAAGCGUGAAGCCGAGAAGGGUGCAAUUUCUUAAACUAUGUUGCCUUUUUUUAUUUAUCUGUAGACAUAUUUUUUAAGAAUAUUCAUCUUCAGGAGAGGCUCUUAUCACAACUAUGUACACAAUAAUGAAUAGGAAGAAAAUACAAGCACCACAUCAGCUGUUGUGCUAUUUAAAUCAAAUUGCCUGCUAAAUGUAUUUAUAUAUUAGCCUGAAAGUGUAACAGUACUGACUUUUUUAUGAUGCAAAUGUUUUGAGCAACUGUGAACCGAGUACCAGGUAGCAGCUGAAACUCAAAUUUUAUGGCAUAGCCGUUUCUCAACUUUUGUCAAUCCAGUUUUUAUCAGUGAGGGAAGACUACCUGUGAAUAAAAGUCAAUACAAUUCAGCAGCACCACAAACUACUAGCUCCAAAAUGACCAAAAAGUUAAAUAAGCACCUCUUUAAAAACAGUUUCAACCUCAACUGAACAUUAAAACCUCCUUGAAGGUAGGAUUUACUGCAGGGCUGCUGCACCAGACUGCAAUCGUUUUUGCUUGGUGUACCUAGUAAUCUGGAAACUGAGUGUGUAUCAAGCCCUUUAUAUACAGAAUAAUACAGCAGGCCUCAUAUAAAUAAAUAUGUGCCUGUCUUUCUUGUUUUGAUAUGGGAGAAACAAAUGCUCAUAUUAAGGGAACAUGCACGCAGCAUGCAUUGCAACUGGAGAGUGAUUGCAUCCUCAACACAAUCUGAGAGGCCUGUAGUCUUGUACUACAACAUCUUCCAAUUUUCAGAUAUCACAGAUUUUAUCUUGAUGCAGGCAUGUGUUUGGCCUACUUGCUCACAAACCCUGAAGUAGAGUGGUGUUUAUUGGUAAAAAUCUUACUCAGCAAUUCAGUGCCAUUUGUCUGUCCAUGUUGUGCUGGUCUCAACACUGUUUUUUUCAUGAAAAGCUCUGUACUGUUUAUCGAAAAACAAAUUAUAUGCUUUGAAAAAUACAA